GGAAAAUUAGCCGUCAAUGCACAGAUGCAGUGAGACAACAAUAUAAGACAUAAGUUCGUCCGUCGGGGUGUUCGUUUCUUUUCUCUUUUCGUCUUCCUGUGGACCUGUUCUCUAUUCCCUCCGGAUUGAAUAGAUCACGAGCGAGACAAUCGAAAAGCAAAAAUGUCGACAAGUAUUACCGACACCAAAGAUGAGUCGGACCAUGGAGAGAAGAGGGACGUCCAUCACUCGGAGAAGAUGACGGCGGAGCUUCUGCACGAGGCUUUCGAUGGCGAGAACCUCGAACAUGAGUUGGGCGUGUGGGAAGCGGCCAAGAAGCACCCUUGGGCUUGUCUAUGGGCGUUCAUCAUGUGCUUCACUAUUGUCAUGGAAUCAUUUGACAUGUUCUUAAACACCAAUUUUGUUGCUCUCAAGUAUUUCAGUCGGGAGUUCGGUGUCUGGGACGCGGCCAAGAAGGAACAUGUGAUUCCCACCAGAUGGCAGAGCGCUCUCUUUCAAUCUGGUCAAUGUGGCGCGUUUGUUGGUGUUUUCCUGUCCGGUCCAAUCACCAGCCGGAUUGGAUACCGCUGGACGACCAUUUUGGCCCUGGCUCUGAUCAACUGCACUAUUUUUAUUUCCUUCUUUGCCCCCUCCCUCGCUGUCUUGACUGUCGGACAAACAUUGGAAGGUAUCUCCUGGGGAUUCUUUAUUGCCAACUCCCCCGCGUACGCCAGUGAGGUUGUUCCGCUCGCCCUUCGCGGUGCCUGCACAGCCACUCUGCAGAUGAGCUGGUCGAUUGGCUCGAUCAUUGUCGCCGCCGCCAGUUACGGAUACAAUAACCGUGACAACCAGUGGUCUUGGCGUGUGCCUACUGCCCUGCAAUGGAUCUUCCCAACUCCUCUUCUGAUCCUCGUUUUCCUGGCCCCGGAAUCUCCCUGGUGGCUCAUCCGUCGUGGACGCAAGGAAGAGGCCCUUCGCUCCAUCAAACGCCUUGGAGACACCAACGAGGAGCAAGCCCACCAGAAACUGGCUAUGAUGGAGCGGACGGUCCAGAUCGAGGCUCUUCAGGGUGGUUCGCCAACCCUGCUGGACCUUCUCAAGGGGACCGAUCUGAGACGCACCAUUAUCAUCUGCUUGAUGUACGCGUCACAGAACUUUGCUGGCAACCUGAUUGCCAACCAGGCCACUUAUUUCUUCGAGCAGGCCGGAAUCAAUACCAACAUGGCUUUCAAGCUGAACCUGAUCAACUCGUGCCUUCAGUUCGUGGCCAACGCGUUGGCCUGGUUCAUUAGCUCCUAUUUCGGCCGUCGCACCAUCUACCUCUGGGGCUUGGGCUUCAACAUCACCUUGCUCUUCCUGCUUGGCAUCAUCGCCUCGGUUCACCAGAGCCAUGCGACCAACUACGCCCAGGCCUGUCUUGGGGUCGUUAUCUCAUUCGUCUUUGCCGGCACCCAGGGCCCCAUCUCCUACACCAUCAUUGCUGAGACCUCUUCCGUCCGUCUUCGUGCCCUGAGCACCGCUGUCGGGCGUGCUGGCUACUAUGUGGCGGAGAUCCCCAUGAUCUACCUCGCUACCAAGAUGCUCAACACCACCGGAUGGGAUCUCGCAGGCAAGUGUGGUUAUGUCUGGGGAAGCACUGCCGUUGUCUGCUGGGUCACGGCCUACUUCUUCCUGCCCGAACUCAAGGGCCGCUCCUACCGUGAGAUCGACAUCUUGUUCAACCGCCGGACUCCUGCCAGGGAUUUCAAGAAGACUGUCAUCACUGUUGAAGACAAUGAGUAGGAGAGCAAACCAUUGCUUCCAUACUGUGACAGUGAUUUUCAAUGAUAUCUCUUGUUGAAAAGAGUCCUAUUAGUUGCUAGUAUAUAAUAACAUUUUACUUCCCUC